AUCAUUAAUGACCGCGCAGGUCCUCAUUUGAUUAAUUUAUAUCUUCAGAUAGCGAAUGGGGGUAAUAUGUCUAUGCAAAAAUGAGAUUUUGUGCGUAAACAGGCGUCUUCCAGAUGGCUGUUUUAUCUCCUGUCAUUUGAUGCUACAUACCAGGACACUUCAUUCUAAGCAUUCUGGAUGGCCGCUCGUGCGCAACCUCUAGUCUAUUCAGUACUGUUUCUUUAAACCAGACUGCAUAUGAGAUAUAGCCCAAGAUUACACAUUUUAACCAAUAAUUUACUAUUGCAUAGAGAAUAGGACGAUCAUUUAUUAUUUUUCCUAACAUAUCCUAAUGGAUUAGUGUCUCUCUCUCUCUCUCUCAUGCUGAGCAAGCAGAAUUUUUCCACCCUGUUAUGCAAAACUAUAACGACGGACUGAAACGAUUCGUUCACUGUGUGCGUCAGAGUAUUGUCUCUUGCCUUUGCUGUCAAGUCGUCCUGUUUUAUUUCCUGCAAACCAAAACCAAGUCAUGUCCUUCAGGAGAGGUGUGGUUAGGCAAAGUAAGUUCCGACAUGUAUUCGCCCAGGCGUGGAAGGCGGAGCAGUGUCUGGAUGACGUCAGAGUUUCCCGUGUGACAUGGGAUGGGCAACUGUGUGCAGCCAAUCCAAAGUUCAUUGCUGUUAUUACUGAGGCUGGAGGGGGCGGAGCCUUUCUUGUAUUACCACUCACAAAGACCGGUAGAGUGGACCAGUCCACUCCCACUGUGUGCGGCCAUGCUGCUCCUGUGCUUGAUAUCCAGUGGUGUCCACAUGAUGACAACGUAAUUGCCAGUGCUUCAGAGGACUGCACAGUAAAGAUAUGGCACAUUCCUGAUGGCGGGCUCACAGCGCCAAUGACUGAGGCUACAGUAACUCUAGAGGGCCACAGUAAAAGAGUGGGCAUUCUGGCCUGGCACCCUACUGCACUUAACAUCUUACUAACUGCAGGUUGUGAUAAUGUAUUGUGCAUAUGGGAUGUUGGCACGGGAGAGCUGGUGUACGAGCUGAGUGAUGCUCAUCCGGAUCAGAUCUACAGUGUGAGCUGGAACAGAGAGGGCAGUGUGAUCUGUACCACCUGCAAAGACAAAGCCCUGCGUGUUAUUGACCCUCGACGGGGAACUAUCCUUAAGGUGCGGGAAAAGGCUCAUGAGGGCACUAGGCCAAUGAGAGGUGUCUUCCUGACUGAUGGAAAAAUCCUGACAACUGGCUUUAGCCGCAUGAGUGAGAGACAGCUGGCCCUAUGGGAUACGAAAGAUCUCUCAGAGCCAAUGGCUGUUCAGGAAAUGGACACCAGUAAUGGAGUUCUCCUUCCUUUCUAUGACCCAGAUACAAACAUGGUCUAUCUGUGUGGAAAGGGUGACUGCACUAUUCGCUACUUUGAGGUAACCAAUGAGUCUCCUUACAUCCACUUCCUCAGUCUCUACAGUAGCAAGGAGCCUCAGAGAGGAGCUGGUUUCCUCAGCAAGAGAGGAGUGGAUGUUAACAAGUGUGAGAUCGCCAGGUUCUAUAAACUCCAUGAGAGGAAGGUUGAGCCCAUUUCCAUGACUGUGCCAAGAAAGUCAGACCUGUUCCAGGGGGACCUGUAUCCAGACACAGCAGGGUUAGAACCCUCUCUACUGGCUGAAGACUGGAUUGCAGGGCAGGAUGCUCCUCCAAUCUUAGUCUCUAUGAGUGGAGGCUAUAACACUCCUGCCUCCAAAUAUAACACACUCCGCGGAAGACCUAAAUUACUACCUCAGAGCAACUCAGCUUCUAGCAUCAAUACCAGCACUACAGCUCUCAGCACAAACACUGCUGCCAGACAGACAGACAGUGAGAGGACACAGCAAGUGCAAGUUAGGAAAGAGGUUGAAGGAGGGACAGAGAGAACAAGGAAAGAGGAUGACCAGCUGGCUGAUAUUUUGACAGAAGUUCGCGCCCUUCGUGCUCUUGUGUUAGCUCAGGGUCACAGGAUCGACAUGCUUGAGAGGCAGCUAGCACGAUUUGACGAUGGAGAAGUGUGACCUAUGGAGAACCAUAGCCUUAACCUGAACUACAAUAGCUUUACAUUACAGUGAAGGGUCCUGGGAAAUGCAGUUCAAUACCUUAAGUGUAACAUUAUAAACAUUGAGCAUUAACAUUUUAUGCUUGUUUUAGAUAGGAGAUGUGGGUUAAUUAUGAAUCGAUGAAAGGUUAGACAAAAAAAGAGGAAAUUUAAUAUCGCUUUCAGAUCAGGUACUGACUACUGCUGCUAAUCGGAAACUGAUUUAGGAAGGAUUGCAGUAUGGGCUGAAGUACUUUUUUUUUUGGUGGCACUAGCAUUUGGAUGUUUAGCUCCUCAAUCUAAUAAGUGUCAAUGAGAGAGCGAUAUGGAACCCAAAAUCCCACAUGCUGUAUUCUUUAGUAGCCUUUGCUAUUAACUAGCCUUGAUGAUCAUAAUGCAUAUCUGCAUCUAUAGGCCAGAACUGUUACAAUCAUCCUUUCUACUUGCAUUAGAAUGGUGUAAAUCUUAACAAUGUAGCUUUUGUGACAUUUGUGGUGUGGGUUAGAAAGUACACUUCAUUUUAUACCAUUAGAGAUUGUGUUUUGUGUAGAGAGACUCUGUGGACUGUAUGUAUUCUCAAAGCCUAUGUAGCACUGAACAUUCACUGAUUCAGACUUUCUGCCUGCAUUAAGGAAUAUAACACUUCACUCUUCUUAGAUACUUAAUGGAUAACAGCAGGGCUUUGAUAGAUUUUUUUAAAAACUUUUUUCAUUCCCUCAUACUGUAUAUUUGUGCACUACAAUCAGGGAUGUCUUUUUUGCUCAUCCUUGUUCCUUAAUCAUUUUGUUUACACUUUAUUUGCUUUAUGUGAUGAAAUGUGAGAUACAUGUUUUCUUGCAGAUCUGUCAUUUAAAAUAAAAUCCGUAAGUGUGUUCAA